GUGACAAGUGACACACAAUAGCUCACAGAUUUAUUUAUACCUGUUCGUCCAGGAAGUAAACUACAGCUUGUGAGGACUCUGACCCAAAAGAAUAUUCCUGAUACGAAGAACACUGAUGUCAAUGCAGUCUUUUCCUGUUGCUGUAAGGCUUUAUGUAACAGUUAUCCUGCUGAAGGGUGUUGAGGGAGCAGUGACAGUCUCAGGGUCAGGAGGUACAGGGAUACCCAACCAGCAGGCUCUGACACUGAGAUGCAGCUACACUGUGACACCUGGGGAUAUAGUUAUUUUAUUCACAUGGAGGAGGGUGGAGGGCAGCUCUAUAGUGAUCAUAGUCAGUGGAUCGGUGUCUCCUACAGCAGCCACGCUCCUGGACUCCUGGAAGAACAAGGGUGUGUUUGUUGGUGACUACACCUCCUCCCUCGACAUCCAGCUGCCUGCCAGUCACGUGACCUCUAGCUAUGCCGGGACAUACAGGUGUGAAGUGUCUGGACUGGCAGAGUCUGGUUAUGCUGAUGUCACUGCCUCAGUGUUGAACCCUCCAUCUAUAUCUGGACUACCAUCAACACAGACUGUCACAGAGUUCUCUAACCUCAGGAUAGACUGCAGCACCUACACCACACCUGGCAACCCUCCAACAACAAGCUACACAUGGACCUAUGGUGGUUCUACUGUCAGUACUGGGGCUGUACUUGACAGAAGGAACAUCAGCAGGAGUCAGGGAGGAGACUACACCUGUACUGCCAGCAACAGUCAGGGAUCAGACUCAGCCUCGGUCAAUGUGGAUGUACGAUAUGGCCCCGGCACCAGUGUGACCAUCACACCAUCAGGGUCACUAGAGAGAGUGGAGGGUUCAGGAGCUUUCACUGCAACCUGCACAGCCAUGUGUAACCCCAACUGUACCAUAACAUGGAGGAAAGACAACCGUGACCGACCUCCAGGACAGAUCAGUAUUAGCAAUGUGUCAAGGAUAGACCAGGGAACCUACACCUGUCAGGCACAGAACGGUGUUGGUGCAUCCCAGCAGAAGUCUAUCACACUGGUUGUAUACUACCUUGACUCUCCUCGUCUGACAUUCAGCAAGUCAGAGGUGAUGGAGAAUGGCACCGUGACUGUGGACUGUGAUGUUGACAGCAACCCGACUGUGGAGAUGACUGUGACAAAUGUUGACAACAACACUGUGCUGGUACAGAUGAACACAAACACCCUCAGUCACACCAUACAGCGAGCUCAGUGUCUACACAAUGGCUCCUUUGUCUGCUCAGCUGAUAACAGGAAGACAGGAACUGUUAACCAAACAACCAAGUCCCUUAAUGUACUGUGCUCCCCACGUGAUGACUUCAGGAAACAGCUGAACAGUGUGGUGGUCCAGGACAAGUACACCACUGCCUACCUCACUGCAGACAUCAUAGCCAACCCCCCUGCCUAACUUCACCUGGUACAGACAUGAUGGAGGGAGUGUAUCACCCAUCAGAAACUCAACUGGGAUCACAGUCAUCAGUACAGGCCUACAGUCAGUGUUGCAGAUCUACAUCACCUCAGAUGACGACUAUGGAGAAUAUGGUGUUGAUGUUCAAAACAGUGUUGGACAGAAGCGGAUGGUGUUUACACUGACAUCUAAAACACAACAUGCUGCAGAAAACUGUGCAAUUCUAACAGGAAUCGGAACUGGAAUUGGAA